AUGUUAGAUUUGGAAUGUAAUAAUCAAACUAUCAAACUAAGACAAAAAAACACGCCUCAAAGUAAGAAUGAAAAGAAAAGGAUAGUUAGUUUUAAUUAUUUCAAUUACAAGAUCAUAUCUUCCCCCCCCCCCCCCCCUGCCUACACAUCUAUGUUUUCCGAUUCACCUAACCGAAUUAGUGAUCCGAGAGUGCGUAUAAUAUUCUUCAAUAACCCCCCCUCCCCCUAA